AUAGCGCUGGCAGUGCACGGUCCGGUCGCGAGAGGUAGAGGUUAGUUGGUGGAAGGGCUGGCUGGCACUGCUCCUACGGUCACAGCGUAGUGCCACGACUUUUGGGUUAGUGAGCGUGCCACGCGCGCCGGAGGAAGUUGUUUGUGCUGUGAUCGGCGCGGCCUCGUUUGACUACUUUUCGGUUCUUCUAGUCGGGCUUCUCUAGUCACUAGAUCAGUUUCUCUUGUCAAUAGUACCUCGAGGUUUACCUGUGCUCUGUUGGAAUGGAAAUGGUUUGGAGCCGAUGAGAAAGCGUGUGAGGAAGCAAGAUGCAAUCGGGAACUGACGUGAAGGUCAAAUAAUUAUCCUGCAACACGAUAAUCCUCAGAGAACGGUAUUACUGACGGUCAAGCGGUCAAACUUUUUGACCCUUUUUUCUAUAUUUGUUUGAUUUGAUUCAGCCAUUGCUACAGAAAGAAAUUCGGAGGAAAGAAGUUUUGAAAGUCAUCGUCAGAACACAGAAGACUGCAGAAGUAAGCUCUCACCUGAGGAGGAAGGUGUGACCUCUACGUGAGAUAUCAGUCACGAGGCUUAGAUCUAGGACUUGUUGAAUUAAGAUCUCGUGGUCAUAAGGCAAAGAGCGCGACCCUCUCUGAACCUUGCAUUUUGGGUCUUUCUGGUUUCCUUACGGCUACAGCUGCCAGUGUUUCCAAAAGAAUCAAGCGCAUGUAGAGGGAGAUUCGGACAUUGAGGAAGACCUCUACCUCCAGAACAAGACAAUGACUUCGCCAGCAGCCAUGAGGGAAAUUUGAACGUUGUAGUCACUUUCAUAAGACAGAUGAUGUUAUGCGCAGUUUGAAUGACUCAAGAGAGAAAAAAAAGUUUACGAUAACUAUAAAAAAAAACCUUUAACUUCCGCUAAUGAAGAUUUGUGAAAACAGAUUAAAAAAUGCUCUCAAGUAUCCUAAUGUUCAUAUUGUGAAUGGCAAAACAAAAGACAAUUUCUUUUCUAAGGAACUUCGUCCGAACAAGGAGCGUAGCGAGUAGUUGCCUCCACGACUGCAUUUACGUUACGCUAAUUUCUCAUAAGCCCAUACUGUGAGAUUGUUGUCCUUCAGUCGCAAACAAUAUUGGAAUCAUUAAGAAGCAAGUUGCAUGUCGAAGCCAUUAGAUAAAACACACCAUGAAGGCAAUGGCCCAUAACUGAGUUUCGUAAGAGACGAAAUAUCAAUUCCCGAGAAAAGUUUGAAUUAUUAAAUGACAAUACUGUAUAGAAAAAUGUGGAAGUCUAAAGGAAGCUUACGUGAGUUACUCUUCGAACAAUCAGUAUGCGUUUGGUAAUCUUGUUUACUCUGUAGAACCUAAUGUUACCGCGUAGGAUGUAACUCCUUGUCGUUGUUCGUGUAACGUAGACGUAGUGAUGUAACUUUAAAGAUGUAAUGAUAGCGCAUUAGUUACUGAAUGUAGAAUAGAAAGAGCAAAUCGCAUAUUGUUGAAUGUAGGCAACUAACAAUUAUUUCUCAAACCCAUAUAAAACCAAGAAGUGUGUAGCUAAAAUAGAUGAAGUAGAGCAAUUAUGCAACUUUGAAAUAUAGUUCGAUUCAUCAAUGCAGCAAAUUCUGAUUAGGGUUUUAUAUUUGAAAGCACAGAGUCACCCUGUUCUGCUCACUAAAGAAAAAGAGACGGACGAAAUCAUAUCUUCUUUGGUGUCGUUAGUCACGAAACUCCUGGUCACCCAAGGACUGCUGUAAUAACGAACAGCAAUCGACAGACCAGAAGAGGAGUAAGGAAAAACGCAGAGAAAAUCAUUAGAGAAACCCAUAGAAACGUGCUUUCAGAUCAAUAUAGAAAGCCCAAGAAACUUUUCAGAUCAACAAUCAAAGCACAAGAACAUUUCUUUCAGUUCAACAUACAAAGUCCAAGAAAAAAACGCUUUAAGGACAACUGAAAUCCGAAGAAAAAAACGCUUUAAGGACAACUGAAGUCCCAAGAAAAAAAAAUGCUUUAAGGACAGCUGAAGUCCCAAGAAAAAAAACGCUUUUAGGACAACUGAAAUCCCAAGAAAAUUCCUUUGAGCUCAACAUAGCCCAAGAUAAGUUCUUUGAGAUCAACAUAGAAAGUCCAAGAAAAGUGCUUUCAGAUCAACGUAGAAAGGCCAAAAAAUGUUCUUGUAGAUCAACACAGAAAGCCAAAGAAAGGAGCUCUCAGGUGAACAUAGAAAUCCCAAGAAAAGUUCUUUCAUAUCUACAUAGAAAGCCCAGGAAAGGUGCUUUCAAAUAAAAUAAAAAAGGACAAAUGCUUUCAGAUCAGCAUAGAAAGCCCAGGAAAAGAGCAUUCAGGUCAACAUAGAAAGCCCAAGAAAAUUGCUUUCAGAUCAACAUAGAAAGCGGAGGAAAAGUGCUUUCAAGUCAGCAUAGAAAGCCGAGGAAAAGUGCUUUCAGAUCAACAUAGAAAGCCCGAGAAAGUGUUUUCAGGUCAGCAUAGAAAGCCGAGUAAAAGUGCUUUCUGAUCAACAUAGAAAGCCCAAGAAAAGUGCUUUCAGAUCAACAUGGUAUUGUUUCUUCUUGUCAAGCGUAACCGAAAGCGUCAUCUGAACCCCAGAGACAAGAAGAGACAAGCCGCGAGGGAGGAGGUGGAACGCGCCGCCACCGCCACGGCCACAACGACCUCCCAGAGGGUCUUGACGCAAGGUUUGAGACCUCUCCAGACUCUCCCGAGCCUCCAGUAGUAGCAUGAUGCCCCUCUAUUCAGCAUGCCUCAGACUGGUUUGCGCGGGCGUUGUGAUGGUGCUGAUGACGGGGAACGGCAGUAUGAACGGCGUGGACGGCCUCAUGCAGAAGAGACGCAAGACGGCCUUGAAGGAAGGGGACAUCCUGAUCGGGGCUCUGUUCAGCGUCCAUCAGCAGCCUAAACAGAAAACGGCCUUCACACUGACCUGUGGAAAGAUCAGAGAGCAGUAUGGUAUUCAACGAGUCGAGGCCGCGUUCUUAGCCAUCGACCAAAUCAACGCAAAUCCGGACUUGUUGCCAAACAUCACCCUUGGCGUUGAGAUCAGAGAUUCCUGUUGGUAUUCCUCGAUAGCUCUGGAACAGAGCAUCGAAUUCAUCCGCGACGCCCUUGCCCCUCCUGAAAGCGCCAACGACACCAAGAAAGACUCCUGUAGCAAGGCUGUUAGCUCCAGCAAGCAUCUGGUCGGCGUGGUUGGACCAGGGUCUUCUGACGUCACAAUCCAAGUGCAGAAUCUGCUUCAGCUCUUUGGCAUACCACAAGUGGGAUAUUCGGCCACUUCGAGGGACCUAAGCGACAAAUCCCGCUUCUCCUACUUCAUGAGAGUCGUUCCGUCAGAUUACUACCAGGCGCAAGUCAUGGUCGAUUUCGUCAGGCACUACAACUGGACUUACGUCUCUGUUGUCCAUACGGAUGGAAACUACGGCCAGAGCGGUGUGACGGCCUUCAGGGAACUCGCGGAGCAGAGCAACAUUUGCAUCGCCAAAGAAGAUUCCGUCUUGAGCAACGCCGAGGACGACGCCUUUGAUCAGGUGAUCCACCAGUUACUCGAGGAUCAGAAAGCGAAUGUGGUCGUGUGUUUCUGCGAGGGAAUGACGGUCCACCACUUACUCUUGGCUGCGCAGAGGCAUAAUGUCACCUCGCGUUUCCUUUUCAUCGGCAGCGACGGCUGGGCCGACCGAUCGGACGUGGUGGCAGGGGUGGAAGAAGCGGCUGUUGGAGGUCUCUCCAUCAAGAUCCACAGCCCCUACAUCAAUGAGUUCGACGAUUACUACUUCGAUCUGCACCCUGACAAUAACACGAGGAAUCCCUGGUUCGUCGAGUUCUGGCAAAUGAGAUUCAACUGCUCGUUGCCUGGGAUCGAAGAGGUCGCCUCUCUUCCGAGGUGUACAGGAAACGAGUCCUUACGGAACGGGUACAAGCAGGAGACGAAGAUGGCCUUCGUCAUGAAGGCGAUUUACACCAUGGCUUGGGGUCUACACAACAUGCAACAAGAUCUUUGCAAAAACACGACCGGCCUUUGUUCCUCUAUGCUUCCAAUUAAUGGGUCUCUGUAUAGAGACUACUUAAUGAACGUCACCUUUUCGUACAUGAACGAGACCGUGGCAUUUGAUUCAAGAGGUGACCCGCCAGGAAGGUACGACAUCAUGAACUACCAGCGCCUCGAGAACGGCAGCUUCGACUACGUGCUCGUGGGCACUUGGGACAACGGCUCGCUCGUGGUGCACGAGGAGAGAGUCGUUUUCAAUCGGCCCCAUAGACUGCCACCCGCAUCUGUGUGCUCCGAGCCCUGUAGCUACAAUGAAUUCAAGAGUUUUGUCGAGACGGGAGACGACACCCAGAGGUGCUGUUGGAUCUGCAUCGAAUGUGAGGAGGAUGAGUUUCUGCUGAAUGAAACGACUUGUCAGCGCUGUCAGCGAGGCUACUGGCCGAACCAGAACAAGACAGGUUGCGAGGCCAUCGAAGUCAAGUACAUCUUGUGGAAUGACGAGGAAAGCAUCGCGGCCUUAUGCCUGGCUACCCUGGGAAUGCUCGCCACACUCUUCGUUAUGAUUGUGUUCAUCAAGCACAAUCACACUCCUAUUGUCAAGGCUUCCACUCGGGAACUAUCCUACAUAAUCUUCGUUGGAAUGAUGGUAUCUUACUGCGCCACACUCCCUCUUCUGGCGCGGCCUUCGCCUUCCUCUUGCGCUCUUGCGCGCGUGCUGCCGGGCCUCUCCUUCGCCAUGAUUUACGCAGCCUUGGUCACCAAGACCAAUCGCAUCGCGCGUAUUCUGGCCGGCACGAAGAAGAUCAUGAUGCGAAAGCCUCGCUUCAUGUCGGCUACUGCCCAGGUCGUCAUCACGUGCAUCUUGAUCAGCAUCGAAGCUGGCAUCAUCACGACCAUGCUCAUCCUGGAUCGGCCUGACGUGAUGCACAUCUAUCCUAAGAUUGACGAGGUGCAUUUGGUGUGUAACACCUCCCCACGGGGCAUCAUCGCUCCGAUGGGCUGGGACUUCUUCCUGAUAGCUAUGUGUACGGUGUAUGCCAUCAAGACGCGCAACCUGCCCGAGAAUUUCAACGAGGCCAAAUUCAUCGGAUUUUCGAUGUACACGACUUGCGUCAUAUGGAUGGCGUGGGUGCCUAUAUACUUUGGCAGUGAUCACAAAAUCAUCUGUAUGAGCGUCUGCACUUCCCUCAGCGCGCUGGUCAUACUGGUCUUACUCUUCUUCCCGAAGAUUUACAUAAUACUUCUGAGGCCGGAGAAGAACGACCGAUCGGCCUUCAAAACGACCACUAACGUCCGAUGCCACAUCGGAUCGGCGAGCAAAGCCAGCCUGUCUCGCACCUCGGAUCGUUCCCCAAGUGCAGCUAUUGAAAGCAUGUACGUGGGUUCGGCCAUGUUGGGCAUCGCACAGCCACAGCUGUCGCUCAUGCAACGAAUCAAGUCUACCCUUGGGAUGCCCAUCUUGCCGCCAGGAUUCCUGCCCAGGGACUCUCAUCCCCGGGGACUUCUCAAGAGAGAAAUGAGUUUAUGGAGCGACGCCAGCGGGAGCGGAAACGCGACCCACCAAACCCGAGAUAUUAUGCUCAAAAGAGCAUACGGAUCACAGCUGGAUCUAACCACAGACGGGUAUUGGAGCAGAGAGGAAAGAAGUUCACAGACCACAGACGACUUAUUAGACCCUCUGAUACCUAGACUCCGAAGGCGGGUGGCGAGAGCAGUCCGAGAGAAGGAGCUGGACAUCGACCAAGGGCGAGAAUUCUUCACCCUCACUCACAGUUGGAUGUCAUCGCAGGCUGAUGCUGCCCGCAAUGCAAUGAACAGAAAUGACAGCGAGAAGAGCGCCACCGGCGGCCGACCAACCACAACCAUAAUCAGGGAAGACAUCAAGGAAGAAGAGCCCAACGAGGCAGAAAAUGGGACCAAAGAAGGCAAAGUCAGUGAGUCGGUAAAAGAUGGUAGUAAAAGUGAUAAAGGGGAAGGGGAAGGAGGAGGAGGGGAAGAAGAAGAGACUCCCAAAGGUAAGGAAGAAGAAAUCGCGAAGAAGAGCGAGACUGAAUGUGUGCCAAUUGUUGACCAAGGCGCUCCGGUCGAUGUGAAAAAUGGCGUGUGUAAUCCGUGUGUUGUGAGUGAAGACAGUGUGGGACAAAAGACGGGUGACUGUAAAGUAUUUAUUGAUAGAUCGAAAUGCGACACAACUGAGAUCGUUGGAAACCACUGUGCAGCUCUUAGUAACAAAGAAAGUGUUCAUAAAGUUAUGGAAAAUACUGAAAAGCUGAUAAACGGAAGCCUUCCGACUCCAUUAGAACACCCAGUCCCACAAGGAGGUAACAACCAAAUGGUUAACUUCAUUGGGUAUGGUUCUGCUAUGCCCUGUGACCCCACAUGGAAGAAGCAACGAUCCGUUAGCUGUGAUAAUGGCAUCAUUCUUAAUUCAAGUGGUGUUUUGUCCGUAGAAAAUAUCAGUACUAAAGACUGUUUACAAAGAAGCCAUGGUUGGAUUCCCAAUGGUGAAAAUGAAAAUUUUCUUGCAACUAGCAAAGAUCGUUGUAGUGGUUCCCCAGAUAGUAAUGGCCGUAGAAGAAAAGUUGGGGUGUCUGCAAAAGUGUCUGACAUCAGGGGGAUCCUGAAGUCAGGCAGUUUGACAUCAGUGGAUAAGGACAAUCGCGUUUCCUUCGAUUCAGAACUACCUGAAAGCAGAAACUGUAGUGAGGAAAGAGUGUUAUCCCCAGUUUCCUCAGAGGACGGUGCCGAAUCUAACUGCCAUACUGUCAUAACUAACCUAGCUUACCAAAACAUGGCCUUCACUGACACUUCAAAACCUGAAAAGGGCAGAUUCAGGAUACUUGAAGAAGCCUUGAGUGCUGAGAGUGAUGCAGACAUGUCAGAUAAUUGCGAACUAAAGACAAUAAUCAUACGGUUAGGGAGUGAUGACAAUAAAGACUCAGGUGCGACAAGUUUAGACAAAAGUGGACACUCUAUUAACUGGAGACCAAAACUUGGACGGAAUCACAAACUGUUAUCGUGUACAGCAGAAAACUUAGGCUUUGAUAAUCCAGCAGCCUCUUCUGAUACAGAAUUAAAUUACCUUAAAGACUCUCGCACUAACACAGAGACAGAUCACAGCAGAAAGUAUGCUAGUGAGAGGGAGCUCGUUAUAUUAGACAUUUUACAAAGUACAGUUAAUCAAAGAUGUGCUCCUCUUGGCCCAAGUACUCAGUGCAGUUCUCUUGUUCCUUCAGUGAAGGCGGUGCAUCAAGACUCCAAAACAUCGGACGACCUCAGUCCUGUGUCGCUCAAAAGCUUUACCAUUUCACCACCGGAAAAUUAUAGAAACUCUCCUACAGUGCUCUCUCGCUCAAACUCCAUGGACGACAAGACAGUUGCUGAGCAGCACUGCUCAGGAUCCGCCUCACAUCUCAAGAUCAAUCCAGCCAUCUCCCAAAACGAUAGUAACCAUAAUCCUCAGGCAUAUAGGUGCUGUCAGGAUACUACAAUUAUCAUAGACCAUCCCAUGCAAAGUUGCUCUGAUUGCAAUUUGUGUGGAGCAAAUUUUGCAGAGACCUCAAGUGUUCCCCAGAACGACAGGCUUAAAAUGUGCUGUAGUACCCAGCCCCCUUCCCCAGUGUCGUCCACUGUAACCCCAGAGUGCUCUCUGUGCACCUUCCCCCAGCAACACCAGUGCUCGGCUGGGCAAAGCUGUGAGGUGAAAGUGGGUGGCGGUGGCUUUAGGUCGGCUGACAUAAGACGAGUAAGGGCAGAGACUGAUGAUGACACAGAUGAAAGUACAACCCCUCUGGAGGAAUUCUUUAGGACUCGAGGGAUAAAAUUCGAUGUCACUUCCACCAAAUCGAAGAAAUUAUAAAAUGCGUUGAGACAUCAUUUAUAUUCUGUGUUUAGCCAUAGGGUAAACUGAAGAUGAAUCCCAUUUAACGAAUCUUAUUUUUUUAUUAUUGGGGACCUAUAUCGCACGUUAAAAAAAAGUGAGUUAUUCUUCACUGCUAAUUUUUGUAAUUUUGUAUCCAUGGCAUUUGAUGCUGAAAACUUCUAUCUUUUUAUAAUUAGGUAUUAUAACUAAUAUCAUUUGAAUUGAAUUUUUGGAUUCUAUACUGCAGUCUAACUGCACACUGUAAAUACUGAAUAUGUUAAUUUUUUAUAAUAAUUUUUAAAGAAAUGGUAGCAGUCAUGCACUGACUUCAUUGCCAGUAGGAAACUGUUAUUCUAUAGAUAUAUCUCUAUGUAUGUUACGAAAGUUAACGAUGCUUAACAUCACGAAGGGAAAACUCAUUUUCCAAAAAUAUAGAGAUUUGAAUUCCCACUUAAAAGUAGUAAAUAUAUUUCCCUCUUUAUUAAAACUACAUAUCAAUAUAACAGAAACAACUAAGAAAUAUCUACAUAAUGUCAGUCGUUUAUGGCACUUAUUGUAGGUUAGAAUUUCUUAUGUGCAUUUAUAGAUAUUAUCAUAGUAAGAUAUCAAUGAUACUAUGUAUCCUAUUUAUAUAAAAUGAUUGUUAAGAAUCAUAAUGUAAAUAUUUUAUAUCUUUACCUAGUUGUGCUCCAGGUAAUAUUCAUCAUCAAGGUCUUAUUACACUUUUGUUGUGUUAUUUAUAAGAUGGGUGUACAUGUAUGCAUGCAUACAUACAGCAAGUAUAUGUACCCAUGUAUGUACCUGUGUUCAUAUACGUACAUAUAUAUACUGUAUGCACGUAUGUAUGUAUCUAUACUUUGUUUAUAUAUAUAUAAUAUACAUAUGUGUGUAUACAUGUAUAUGUAUUCUGUUCAUAUAUAGCGUAUAUUUAUAUGGAUAUAUGCACGCCUACUAAUUGCGUGUGUGUAUUUAUAUGUGCAUAUAUAUGUAUGUGUAUAUAUGUGUAUAUAUAAAUCAAAAGCCAAAAGGGUCAUGUUUUGUGCUAAUGUAUAUAAUGUUCUGAAGUGAAUAGCUUUAUUUUAGAUAAAACAAACUCUGAAGCAAGAGAGUUUUUUUGGCAAAUUCUACCAAUAAUCAGUAUUACGUAGUAUGAAUGAGACGCGCAUAUGGAAGACUGCAAAGUUGAAUCCGAAUAUCGCCAUGACAGAAUUCCUUACCAGAGGAAAAUUCCUUCGAUUAAUUAACUGUGCCAAUGUAUUACUUCAUUACGAUUAAAGUUAAGUGUUGAUAGCAUUCUUCAAGCAAGUUGUUCUUUGAGAAUACAGGAAUGAAAGGACAUACAGCAGUGUUGCUUUUUCUGCUUGUGGGAAAAAAUUUAUUCUUGUCCGUAAAGACAAUGCGGCAUUUCCAAAUUGAUAUCAUGAUUAAACGCACAUUUUUGUCAGAGCCACUGAUACAGUGUCAGUAUUUCAUUUCAUUGAUCUUCUAGAUAAAAAUGUUACCAGGAUAAUUUUAAUGAUUUUUCAAUGUUUUGGAAGCUUUCCAGUCGCAUUAGUUGUUUUUUUAUAUGUAUACCACUGAAAUGUCCUUAACAUUUUUAUACCCUUGCAUAUGGAAAUUCUUCAGUAUUUACGGUCAGUACGAAUUGCCAUGAACUGGCAACCCUACUAUGUUAAGAUUUUUGUAAAUGCUUAUUGUAAUCCAUUUUAAGAUUCUGCUCUUGAAAUCGGUUUUUAAAUGCUUAUUGUAAUCACUUUUUAUUGCAGAUUUUCAUAGGCGUUUUGCGAAAAGCAUGCAGCCCGAUUUUUCUCUUUUUAGCGUGAAUGUGAGAGAACGAAGUUUGACCAUACUUAUUUCUUAAGCAUGAUAGCCAAAAUGUUUAUCAGUUAUCUUACUUGUUGACCAACCAUGAUUUCCUAGCAUUUCUUAGAAACGAUUCUUAUAGAAGAACUCAAAGGGUUAAUUACAAUUAAACCACAUAAAGAACAUUUGGUGCGUUGUUAUCUGAUUUAGUUUUGCCUUAAAAUGUCUACUAGAUUAGUAACGAGUAUGUAAGAAAUCACCUGCUAUGUUUAAGAGGAAAUGAAUGGAAAUUGUAAGAUUUUCUC